UUUCGUGUUCCAACUUCUUCUUCUUCUUUUUAAAUUCCCAUCGUGCCAAUAUUAUUUCUUCAUUCAUUUCCUUCUCUCUCUACUAUAUAUAAAUUCUAUUCAAAUUCAAUUAAUUGAGGUCAGGCUUCAUUAAUCUUCUUUUAUUUCUCUUUCUGAUUUCUUUGAAUCUUUGCAAGCUGGUUUUUUUCUGGGCUAUUGCCAAGUUGCAUCAUCGUCAUCAUCAUCAUCAUCAUCAUCAUCAUCGAUCGAUUUAAAUACGAAAUGUUGAACGAAGCGAUGGAAGAUCAGAAGAAAGAGCAGCUAACAAUCUUUUACAACGGCCAGAUUGCGGUUUGUGAUGCCACUGAGCUUCAGGUUAGCGCUAUCAUAUUACUCGCAAACGGCGAAAAAGUCGACGAAAGCUCAGGUGGUGAAGCUACUUCUUCAGCUGCAGGGUGCUGCAGCCCAUCUUCAAUUUCUCCACAAGUUUGUGAUUCGCCGUUGCUGCGAUCACCGUCGUUCAAAAGCCCGUCGCCGUCCCCGCUGGCGGCGUUUCAGGGUCUUGCAAUGAAGAGAUCUUUACAACGUUUCUUGCAGAAGAGAAAGUACAGGAAUCACACUUCACACCCUUACCAUCAUCCCCAUGUCCUCCAGAAAUUUUUGUGAACAUUGAAAUUAACCUAAGAUACUACUACUUAUGUACACAUUUUUGUAACAUAUGAUGGACAUAUAUCUAUAGACUUAUUCACUAAUUACCAAAAUUGAAGCCUUUAUAUAUUUUUCCUUUUGUCCUUUUGGUGUAUGCACACCAUCAAGAACCCGUAUCCGCCAUUUUCGCCUUCAUCUCUGUUCAUCAUUUUGUAACGUGCAAAAUCAAACCACACGUGAUGAAUAAUCGAUCACAACAAAUAUAGGCUAUUAAUAUAUUUAUUGUGAGACAUUUUUUUAAAAAUGUGUUUUAUCAUGUGUAUUAGGAUGUUUGCUAAACGUCUUAUCAUGUGUAUUACGUCACUUAUUUAGACAUAAAAAAGUAUUUUAACUGCUCAUUUUUGUUGUAAUGUGUGUGUAUGUCUGGC